AUGAGCAAUCCCAAGCCAACCACCUCACUGAGCACAAGCACGACCGGCGCAAGAUUGCUCAAGCACGUCCUCGCAGCCGAGUCGCGCAUUCGCAAGCACAUUCGCACCACGCCGUUAGAAGCGUGUCCGUGGCUGUCCAAGCUGGCAGGACCGUCCACGCGCGUCUUCCUCAAGUGCGAGUCGGAGCAGGCAACGGGAUCGUUCAAGCUCCGCGGCGCGUUCGCCAAGCUCACAGCAUUGAUCGAGGCAGCUGAGCACCAAGCGACGCUGCCGCGUCAGGCGGAUUCUGAUCAAAAUGUACUAGUGCUGCCUCGGAUUGUGACUGCGUCGACUGGCAACCAUGCGCUCGCGUGCUGCGCUGCCAUGCAGUCGUUGGGCAUCUCGGGAACGAUUUGCGUGCCAUCGAGCAUUACGCGAGCCAAGCGGGAGCGACUCGAGCUCAUGCGGGCAAAGCUGAUUGUUGGAGGCCGGGAGUGCCUCGACGCCGAGAACGCAGCCCAGGAGCUCGCCCAGCGCAGUGGAGCCGUGUACGUGUCGCCAUACAACGACUGGGAUGUUGCAGGUGGCAAUGGCACGGUUGCGGUGGAUCUGGUCGUGCACCAAGGCCUGCACAACGUCGACGCCGUGUUUGUUGCUGUUGGAGGCGGCGGACUCAUUGGCGGCAUGGCAGCCUUCCUCAAAGCCCUCGUGCCCAAUGUUCGCAUUGUCGGGUGCAGUCCGAUGCAGUCAUGCGUGAUGGUGCGGUCGGUCGAGGCCGGCCGCAUUGUGGACGAAGCCGAAGAUUCAGAAACGCUCUCCGACGGCACGGCUGGCGGCAUCGAACCGGGUAGCUUGACGUUCGAUGUGUGUCGAGACCUUGUCGACGAGUGGGUCACAGUGUCGGAGGUGGAGAUUGCUCGUGCGAUGCGCUUUAUGCUCGAGUACCACCAUCGCGUCGUCGAAGGUGCAGCUGGGGUUGCUAUUGCUGCCUUCCGGAAACACGCACAACGGUUUGCUGGCCAGACGGUGGCGAUUGUGCUUUGUGGGUCGAAUGUCUCGAUGAAUCAUGUUGCGCAAGUUUCCUCUGACGUUGACCUUGACCUUGACAUGAAUUAA